CUCGUGAUCGAGAAGUUUAGUUUACCAGGAUAGAGACACCUCCACGGUGAAAGGCACUAAGAAGGAAGAGAACGAAGAAGAAGAAACAAUCACCAUUAUAUAACAUACACAUUUUAUGAAAGAAAAAAAAAAUAUUCAAAUGCUAGAAAUACUAAAUCGCAUACAUUUAUAAUAUGCAAUUACAUGAAUAUAGAUUAAAAGAAAAGACAAAGAUAAAAAUUAAAAUUAAAAUGACAAAAUUCAUCCUAAAUUCACAGUCAAUUACUAUGCAAGUGAUAAUGGAUGAUCCUCAUGAAGUCCAGAAUAAUAUUCUCGGCCAAUAUCGCAAGCUCCUCAACUUCAACAUCCAGUUCCUCAAAGAAGCUCCUUGUUCUUUUUGGGAUCGUUCCGCGAGAACCAAAUCAGAGGCCUCUCACGGUGAGCUCUCUCUCUCUUCGAAGGUCUCACGGAAGUUCUAUUUUACUCGCCAUAUCGAGAAAUGCCCAUGGCUGGCCCUGCUGUUUGCUUAUUGCUUAUUGAAGUUUGUUUCUUGUGAAGAAAAAGAGGAUGACAAUGUCCUCCACAUCGGAGGAAUUUUCCCGAUCGGAGGGGAAGGUGGUUGGCAAGGAGGGCAGGCGUGUGAGCCGGCUGCAAAUCUUGCUUUAGAAGAUGUAAAUAAUAGAAAGGACCUCCUUCCAGGUUUUACAUUAAAAUUACAUUGGAAUGAUAGUGAAUGUGAGCCUGGUCUUGGAGCUUCUGUAAUGUACAACUUACUCUAUAACAAACCACAAAAACUUAUGCUGCUGGCAGGAUGUAGCACAGUUUGUACAACAGUAGCAGAGGCUGCCAAAAUGUGGAAUUUGGUUGUGUUAUGUUAUGGUGCAAGCUCUCCAGCAUUAUCUGAUAGAACAAGGUUUCCAACACUGUUUAGAACACAUCCCUCUGCAACAGUUCAUAACCCUACAAGGAUAAAACUGAUGGAGAAAUUUGGUUGGUCAAGAGUUGCAAUAUUACAACAAGCUGAAGAAGUCUUUAUAUCGACAGUAGAAGAUUUAGAAGCUAGAUGCAAAGAAAAUCAGAUUGAAAUUGUUACCAGACAGAGUUUUCUAAGUGACCCAAGUGAUGCUGUGAGAAAUCUAGUAAGGCAAGAUGCUCGGAUUAUAGUCGGACUCUUUUAUGUUGUCGCAGCAAGGAGAGUUCUUUGUGAAAUUUAUCACCAAGGACUAUAUGGGAAACAAUAUGUAUGGUUUUUUAUAGGAUGGUAUGAGGAUAACUGGUUUGAAGUGAACCUAGAAAAAGAAGGUAUAACCUGUACCCAUGACCAAAUGAGAGCUGCUGCUGAAGGUCACAUUACCACUGAAGCUCUUAUGUGGAAUCAAAAUAAUCAGAAGACUAUUUCAGGAAUGACUUCAGAAGACUUUCGUGAGAGAUUGAAUGAUGUUUUGAGAAAAAGUAAUUAUGAUAUUGAUAACAUGCGCUAUCCUGAAGGCUACCAAGAAGCUCCGUUAGCAUAUGAUGCAGUUUGGUCGGUGGCUUUAGCAUUUAAUAAAACAAUGGCCAGGCUUCAAAGCAGAGGAAGAACUCUAAAGAGCUUUACCUAUACUGACAAGGAAAUAGCAGAUGAUAUUUAUUCUGCUAUAAAUUCUACUCAGUUCCUAGGAGUAUCUGGUGUAGUGGCUUUUAGUUCUCAAGGAGAUCGAAUUGCAUUAACACAAAUUGAGCAGGUUAUCAACGGAACUUAUGUAAAAUUAGGCUAUUAUGAUAUUCAAGCCGAUAAUCUCACGUGGUUUAAUAAAGAAAAAUGGAGUGGAGGAAAAGUUCCUCAAGACAGAACCAUUGUUAGAAGAGUAUUAAGGACACUAUCUGUUCCUUUAUUUAUUUGUAUGUGGAUUAUUUCAAGCAUAGGAAUUAUUGGUGCAGUUGGCUUGAUUGCGUUUAAUAUUUGCUACAGGCAUCGAAGGGUCAUAAUAUCCUCUCAUCCAGUAUGCAAUACAAUAAUGCUGGUUGGUGUAAUAAUUUGUUUAUCUAGUGUAUUUCUACUGGGUUUAGAUGGACAAUUCAUAUCUCGAGAAGAAUAUCCUGCUAUCUGCCAAGCAAGAGCAUGGUUGCUUUCUAUAGGUUUUACACUGGGCUAUGGAGCAAUGUUUAGUAAAGUUUGGCGAGUUCACAGGCUUACUACUAAAGCCAAAUCAGAUACUGUGAAGAGGGUGCAGCCUUGGAAGUUGUACACUAUGGUAACUGGGUUAUUAUCGAUAGAUUUUUGUAUUCUAAUUUUUUGGCAAAUUUAUGAUCCAUUGCAAAGAACAAUCGAAGUAUUUCCAUUAGAGGACCCUGUGAACAUUGAUGAUGAUAUCAAAAUUAGGCCUGAACUUGAGCAUUGUGAAAGUGACAACCACAAUGUUUGGUUAGGUUUGAUGUAUGGAUAUAAGGGACUUGUUUUAGUUUUUGGUCUAUUUUUGGCUUAUGAAACUCGAAGCAUUAAAGUUAAGCAAAUUAAUGACUCUAGAUAUGUAGGAAUGUCUAUUUAUAAUGUUGUCGUUCUUUGCUUAAUUACUGCUCCUGUAACACUGGUUAUUGCCUCCCAGCAAGAUGCAAGUUUCACAUUUGUUUCUCUUGCUUUGAUAUUCUGUUGCUUCCUUUCAAUGGCAUUAAUUUUUGUUCCUAAGGUAAUUGAAGUUAUAAGACAUCCAAGGGAUAAAGCUGAAUCAAAGUAUAAUCCUGACGUUGGUAUAUCAAAAGAAGAUGAAGACAGAUAUCAAAAGCUUUUAGCUGAAAAUGAAGAACUACAAAAGUUAAUUAGUGCAAAAGAAGAGAAAAUCAGGCUACUUAAACAGCGUUUAGCAGAAAAGGAUAUGGGGAAACCUCUAGAUGGCAAAGGAGGAGAACUCGGUCCUAACCCACUCACGAUGUGAAAAUGGUUCUAGAUAGCCAAAACGUCUUAAAAAAGAAAGGAAGACAAAUAACAAGGAUUUGUUGAUCAUAGGCGCAGACUUUCCAUUCUGGUUGUGGGAGGGGUGAUGAACCUCCUCUAAAACACAGGCUUUAAAUUAAAACAAAAUACAGUGGAGGACAAAACUUAUGAAUUCUUGAGUAAUUUGUCUAGAGAUCUCGGGUAAUGUUGAUAAUAAAUGUUAAUAAUAAACAUAUGUUUAUAGGUUAUUAAAGAUCAUCUAUAUAAAUGAAAUAAAGGGUUUGUCUGUACAUUGAAUAGAAUCAACCUGUUUCAUGAUAUCUUUCCGUUCCAAACAUUACAGGCACAAAAUCCACUUUUAAAAGAUUUUUUGUCUGUCUGGAUGUCUGCAUUUCCAACAAAAUUUUGUCAGGGGUAAGCUUGGCAAUGGCUAAU